GGAAGCUGGGAAACAUGAGAGCAGACCGGUGGGUGCCGCGGUUGCCAUGACAACGCUAUGGAAGGCGGGUCGCCGUCUACAGUUUUACUUUAAGGAACAUCCACAAUGAGUUACAAGAAGGACACUAGCGAAUCUGCCGACAGUGGAGAUUCCAUAGAAACUGGAGAAUAUGAAGAUGACUUUGAAAAGGACCUUGAAUGGCUAAUUAAUGAAGAGGAAAAAGGUAUCUCUGAUAACACACAGAAUCAUGAAGAAAAUGAAGAGGAGGUUGAAACGAAUAUUAACAAAGAAGACCAGGAAGAAAGAAGAAAUACUUCAAAAGAGCCUCCUGAACCUGAGGAAGCUCUGAAGGAUGAGAGGAGGAACUCUUCAAAAGAGCCUCCAAAUCCUAAAGAAGCUCUGAAGGAUGAAGGGCUGCAAAAUCAAGCAGGUAGUCCCAUGAGAUGGUUGGAGCAAAUGUCUGAUACUGACAGUGAAAGCUCUUGUCAGGAAUCAAACCAGGAGGACUUGGAAGAGGAUGAUGAAGAAAUAAAGCGUUACAUCUUGGGGAAAAUUGAAGAAGCCAACAAACUUCUCUUGUCUCAAGAACCUUUGGAUGAAAAUAAAGAGAAGAAACUAAAAUUCAAGGAUCAUCUAGUAGAUCUUGAAGUUCCUCCUUUGAAUGCUAUUGAAAUUGAUAAAAAUGAUCCUCACAGAGAAAGGGACAUUUCAGGUAGGCUGUCUCAGUUUCACAUUUCUAAUGAACCAGGACAGGAAGAUAUACCUUUUCCUAUUAAUGGUGCUUUGGAUGAUGAACACAAGGAUGGCAAAAUCUUAGUGGAAAGAGAUGGGAAGUUCGAACUCCUGAGUAUUCGUGACAUUGAGAGCCAAGGCUUCUUCCCUCCACUCAGUGUUUCUUUCAGUGACAUUGAAGCUCAACAUAUUUCUCCUAAAUCUUCCCACGCGGCUGUUUUUGGCACUUUCUGUCUAACGAAAGAAGAGACCCUAUCAUCUACAUCUUGCUCUCCUUCCAGAGAAGGGUUUCUGUAUUUCCCCCAACCACCCCCCAUUCGUCCAAGCUCUGCCAUCAACAUUACAAGGAAUGUGGAAAGAGGGAAAAGUCCACGCAGGGUGCAAUCUGCAAAUGUGGGUAUAAGAAGUUCCACAUAUUGUCUGUCGCCCAGGCAGAAAGAACUGCAAAAGCAAAUGGAACAAAGAAGAGAGAGAUUAAGGAAACAGGAAGAAGCAUGUAAAAGAGAACAAGAGGAGGAGAAAAAGAAAGAAAAUGAUUUGGUCUUCAAAGCUUGGCUAGAGAAGAAAAAAGGACAAAUGCAAGAAGAGAGACGAAUUCAACGUGCAAAAGAGCUGGAAGAUUUGAACAGACAGGAUAGCAGAAAUCCAGAUGAAGCUUUCAGGUUGUGGCUUAAAAAAAAACAACGAGAACAUGUGAAAGAAAAACAGCUUGAAAACCAGAAACAGCGGGAAGAGUGCAUGUUCUUCCUUCCAAGAACAACAGAAAAUGAAAAAGCUUAUAAACAAUGGCUAAAAAAGAAGAGGCAGGAAAAGCGAGCUGAGGUACUGGCUGCCAAAGAGCGAUCAAAACAGUUACGGCAGGAAGCCCGAAGAGCAAAACAAAUAGAGAACAUCCUCUGUUCCAUUUCUGAGCCCAGAACACUUCGCUUCACUGACCAGUACAGCUGAGGCUUAGUCACCAGGUGCCUAGCAUUUGUCACACAGAGUACCUUAUAUCUUGAUUGGCUGUCUCCUGGAAGCAGCUUCUCCGGGGGCAUGUUCCACAAUCAUUCAAUAAUGGGUUAAUUUUCGCAGUGAUUUUACACCCCUCCCUUCCAAAAUAGUUCUGUAUUUGUGAGUGGCUUGGUUCUUCCACAAAAUAAAUGCCCAUAUGGCAAUUCUGUGUAAGUCAUUUUAAAAUAACUGGUCUUAGACCACAGUAAUUUCAAGUUAAGCAGCUUGUGGCUCUAGUGCAGUAGAUGCCAAGCUAACUUUUAACCAUCACUCUACCAUCUAAUUAAGGGCUGAUAAUUGUCCUAUGAGCAUUGCACGUUACUUGUAAUAGGGACAAAACCCAUGUAAUACCUUUUAUUAGGAGCAACCAGAAUGGCACAGAAGUGUGUGCAGUCUUUUCACUUCUCCAGAACUCAUCAGGCUGGAUGCUACAAAAAUAAGGGGAGUGGAGGAGAGAGAAACAGAUACCUCGCCAGCUUUUGUAUUUCCAGUGGGAGGAAUCCUUUAUUGAAUUUCUUAUUCUCAUAAUGCCAGGGGUGCGUCAUAAUACCAGCAUCAUUUUAAAUCUGCAUUACCUGCUUAACAUUUUGCGAAGGAUGCGGGCAAGAGCUCCUUCCAGCUGGCUGAAGAUUCAUGGAGAACUUGGAAGCUUGCACAGUGUUUUGUGUAAUUUUGAUUCCUCCUAAUAAAAUAUAUUAUGUUGCUUUUUUAUUCUGGUUUGGACUGGAAUGCUGCCUACAACUUUUCCUACUGGGGGGGGGGGAGUGACCAUUGCAUCUGAGUUCCUUUUUAAUCCUUUAUGAGCAAACUUCAAAGUACUGUUGUCUGCCUAUGAAUUUGUUGGAUAUAAAGUUAACUUCUGCAAACCCCACAAGCAUUUACUUCCAGUAAAGAACCUGGCUGCAAAGACAAAUAGAAAAUAUAGUACAGUGGUUUUUUUAAAAGGUAAGGAAAUAUUCAGAAAGAUAUAUAAAGUUGGAUCUAAAAGUUGUGAUCUACAGAAAGAAUUCCCCAAAUGUGGCUCCUGAGGGACACAGGAUACUCUUAGAAACAUAGAUUAAGGUAAGAUGCAGUAGAAAGGAGAGAUCAGGAAAACGUCACCCAACCACUGCUUUUCACUGGCAGAAACUGACCUUCAUAUUGAACAUCCCCUUCCUGUGAGGACAGGUAACUAGUAUCAUCAAGUUUUUCUUUUCUCAUAGGGAACAGAAGAAAUUCGUUCUGUUUUAAUAAA